UGGACUCCCUCACAGAAGUUUAUCGAAAAAUCCAACUCCAUACAUUUCGUGCCAAACACUCCAAGAAAACAUUAGAAUGCGUCACGCCAACGAUAUUCUAAAGUAAAAAAAAAGAAGAUUGUUUUAACUAAAGACUAGGCUUUAUGGGCAUUGUUUCCUGUGCCUUUCCAAAAAGGAAGAACCUUAAAAAAAAUCUGAAAAAGAAACAGAAUUGUUUGUUUUUUUUCCAAUAAUAUCAGAGAAAAUCAAUAAAAAAUUAAUUAUUGCCUUUUUUAUGAAUUUAACUAACAAAUAAAAGGAAAGGAACCAUUUUUGAAAAUUAAUUGCUUAUUCUUUCAUGAUACGAAGAUUCGUUUGCGAUGCGUCACAAGAUGUGGUAAACAGAAUGCUCCCGCUGCGUUUGCGGCGCGUAGCCGGCCACGAGGGGCGCACCAAUGACACGCUGUUCCAACCGGCGGCCGUACGGCAACCGCCCGACAGACAGCAGACGCUGGUCUAUUUCGGCGGAGAUGUGCAGGACUACCCCGAGGUGAUGCAAGCGCACCGGGACAACAGGAACUACCUCAAAUGGAACCUGGACAGCACGGCCCGCAUGCUCGGCCACAACUUCCCCAACAAACACAUACUGAUCGUCAGGCCGUCUAGGAUAGAGUACAAAAGCUUCAGUUGCUACGACAACUUUGUGCCGAGCAACAACGCGGGUGUGCCGGAUCAUACGCCGACUCAUAGCGCUCUACAUCACCUAGAAAGGUUACUACAAUCAGUUAGUAGUAGACUCAAAGCGAUGCCCACGACAGAACUCAUCGACGCGGUGUCGACAGUGUCGUUGCCUGAGGAAAUUGACAUUGAAGAGUUACACAAGGCGUCGCUGCAGCAGGCGACGGCGGGCGGGCGCUCCAACGGGGCGCAGCCCGAGCACAAGCCUGAAUCGGAUCUGCUAUGGUGGCGAGAGAAACUCGCUUUGGACGAAACCCGGUUAACCCUGGUGGGGUUCAGCAAGGGUUGCGUGGUGCUCAACCAGGUCAUAUAUGAGUUCCACUACACCAAGACCUUGACCCCUGGAGACGCGCAUAUGAUGAGGUUCAUGGAACGAGUGGAGGAAAUGUAUUGGCUGGACGGAGGUCAUGCGGGCGGUAAGAAUACCUGGAUCACCUCGCGUAGUCUUCUGGAGACGUUGACUAGGCUCGAUGUAACGGUGUAUGUGCACGUGAGUCCAUACCAAGUUGGGGAUGCGGGCCGAGUGUGGAUCGGACGGGAGGAGCGCGCCUUCACCGCCUUGCUGCACGAACUGGGCGCGAGGAUAAGCCGGUACUUGCACGAGCCAUCUUCACCGGGCACAUCUAACUCGCUGCAAACUCACUUCGAAGUACUGGCUAACUUCAAGCGAAUGCAAGACUCCACUCCGCCAGCUGCACAAACUACUGACUCGUCAGACGAAGACCAGUAGUGAGAACUUAUCAUUGGACACACAUUUACAAGCCUCCUUAUUAAUAUUAAAGCUUGAACUUAUUACGCAGUAAUAACACAAAAUACAUCGUUUAUUUUUAAGCAUUUAACUGCUAGUG